ACCUUCGCAAUGGAAGACAAGAGCGCUGACCACACGGCCAAAAGCCCGGACUGUCAACCGCGUGUUCAUCGCAGCUCUUAGGGCAGGUUUUUACCAACGUACACUUGCGCAGCCGUACAGGCUGGCAUCCGUUACAAAUGGACAAAAAAUUCAAUUUAGAGUCAUGUUUUCUUUUUUUGGAAUGUAGGAGGAAACCGGAGCACCACGCACGCACGGGGAGAACAUGCAAACUCCUCACGGAGAUUGGAACUCGGAUCUUCCCGAUCUCCUGACCGUGUGGCCAAAAUGCUAACCACUAGGCCACCGUGUUACAAUAGGACUUAGCACACGUUUCAGGGGGAAUGUUUUGCGUGUGGAACGCGGUACCGGAAGACAGUCGGAGCUAGUUACAUGUGCGAAUGGUAACUGCUGUAAAGUUCUGAAUAAAGUUCAACUGAACUGGUCUGACCGUCCACUUCUUAUGGUUCAGGAAGCAACGGACUAGAGUGAAACACACCGUGCAGCAUAAUUUUGUGUCAUGGCGUUAAAAUAUUUAACAAAAAAUAGCGACCCCAUUGGCCCAUGUCGAGCCCAUACCGUCCUUGGUAUCGACGUUUGGAUCGAUCCACAGCCCACCGCUGUUAAGCAGAGUUUCCGACAGAGGCUUCAUCAGAGAAGACAAGUCAAGAUGAAGGCGCUGGGGAAGGAGAAGGAAAGUGUUGUAAAGUCUCAUAGCAAGCAGGAGAAGGAUCAGAGCUGGAUUCCCAAACUCAUCAAGAAGCGAGUGUGCACUACUUUUAUCAAAGACUCCCUCAGUAAUGGAGAGCAGUGUCUUUGUGGCGGCAUGCGGGACGUGCAUAAUUCCUUUGGACCAGAGGACUCUGGGGCAGCAGUGGCCAACCAGUGGAACAGCAAAGUGCACACCACUGAAAGUCCUACCGAUGCCUUUGGAGAGCUGGAGUUUGCUGGCGCUGGUCGCAGGCACAGUUAUUUUCUGCGGCUAUCAUGUGACACGCCACCUCAUAAAAUCUACGCUCUGAUGACGACGCACUGGGGAUUGCCCUCACCCAAUUUGGUGGUAUCAGUGGUGGGGGGCGAAGGCCAUGAGAAUAUCAAAACAUGGGUGAGAGAUGUCCUGAGGAAUGGGCUAGUUCGAGCUGCACAGAGCACAGGAGCUUGGAUCUUCACGGGGGGUCUACAGGAAGGUGUGGCCCGCUGUGUAGGCGAGGCGGUGAGGGACCACGACGCUGCAGCUCCGACACUCUCCAAGAAGAAAGUCAUAGCUGUGGGACUUGCACCGUGGGGCCUUGUAUUCAACAGACAGCAGCUUGUAAACACACAGGGAAGCUUCCCUGCUCGCUACUACGUCCAGAACACGUCACGUGACUCCUGCUGCCUGGACAACAACUGCCAGGCUUUCCUGCUGGUGGAUGAUGGGAGUACCGGCCGAAGGGGAGGAGAGACGGCCUUUCGUGCAAGUCUGGAAGAUUAUAUCUCUCACCAGCGCACUGGCAUUAGCGGAAGCGGCAGUAUUGAAAUCCCGGUGCUGUGUAUGCUCAUUUCAGGAGACGCCAGCAUGCUGAAUAGAGUAGAUGCUUCUCUGAAGAGAUCUACGCCCUGGCUGGUUCUCGCUGGCACUGGUCCGGCUGCAGACCUCAUCAGUGAACUUCUAGUGACUCUUCCCAGCAUUUCCAUCGACUCCACCUCUCCAUCAGCGGAGGGAGAGGCUGUGGAGGUUCUCUGCAUGGACAUCCGUGAGAGGGUCUCCGACAAGAUCAGGAAACAUUUCCCCGAUGAAUAUGAACCGGAGAAACUGGUGGACAGUGCUCUGGGUAUUCUUUAUAACAGAGAACUCAUCACUGUGUUCUGCGCCGCGCAAGAGGGACUUGAUGAUUUUGAUACCGUGCUCCUCAAAGCCCUUGUUCGAGCAAGUAAACGUUUGUCCCAUGACGCCAGUGAGUACAGGGAAGAGUUGAAACUGGCUGUGGCCUGGAACCGAGUGGACAUCGCCAAAACAGAACUCUUCACCGGAAACAUACAGUGGGAGUAUGAAGACCUGGAAGGUUCAAUGACAGACGCUCUCAUCAACGACAAGCCUCAGUUUGUGCGACUCUUCUGUGAAAACGGUCUGAAUAUCCUGGACUAUCUGACAUACCAGCGCUUGGAGAGUCUGUAUCGCUCGAUCUCGGACAGCUCCGUGGCCUACGUUUUGCUCCAGAGGCGUCUGCAUGACCGUCUGAAUCUGGCUGGAUCUCGACCCAGUCAGAACGGAACCAUAGCGGUACCACGGUACAGCACACAGAGUGAAACAGCUGGACCUGCUUCACCGAAUGAGCUCAGCCUGUUUGAGGUGUCACGUGUUCUGUGGGACUUGCUGGGAGAUGUCUGUCAGCCAUUCUACUAUGGAACCCUGGGUCUGGACCCCAAAAUUGGCUCUCGGAGUGCUCUCAGACAAGUCAACAAGAUGUUGCAUGGGAGUUGUACGUACCGGGAACAAAACUGCCUCUCUCCCUGGGCGGCGCUCUUCAUCUGGGCUGUCUUGCAGAACCGCAGUGAGAUGGCUGUUUACUUCUGGGAGAUGGCGGGCGAGUCGGUGUUGACUGCCCUGGGUGGUUGUAAGCUUUUGAGAGAACUUUCUAAACUGGAGAGUGAGACUGACAGCAAGGUGGCCAUGAAAGAAUUGGCACAGAAGUUCGAGGAUCUUGCACACGAUGUCUUUGGAGAAUGUUACCAGAGCAGUGAGAGGCGCUCCUUCACCCUCCUGAUAAGAAAGUCUCCAGUGUGGGCUGGAGCAACAUGUCUGCAGAUGGCAACUGCGGCUGAUGCUCGCCAGUUCUUCAGCCAUGAUGGCGUUCAGUCAUUGCUGUCCCACAUCUGGUGGGGCAGCAUGGACAGAAGCACUGAGGUCUGGAAGCUGGUGAUCUCCUUCUUCAUGCCCCCGCUCAUCUACACAGACUUAAUCAGCUUCAGGAAGCAGGAAGAAGAGGUGAAUCCAGUGGAGGUCCCUCAUAAAGACACCGACAUUUUGGAGGGGAAUGAUGCCACUGCUUUCCCCCUUGCUGACAUUAUGCACAAUGAUGAAGAUGCUGAGGAGUACAGGGCUCUAAAAGAAAACCUGAAAGCCUCUUCACCAUCUAGGAUCAAGAGACCGUUCAUUGUGACACGAUGGAGGCAGUUUUGGUUCGCCCCAGUCACCUCCUUCCUGGGCAACGUGCUGAUGUACUUCCUGUUUCUCUGCCUCUUUGCUUACAUCCUGUUGGUGGAUUUCAAGCCCCCGCCUCCCAGAGGCCCGUCCUCUCUGGAGUUUGUGCUUUACUUUUGGGUUUUUACAUUACUCUGUGAAGAAAUCAGACAGGCCUUCUUUGUGUUCAGCAACUUUGUGCUCCAGAGGAUGAAGAGUUACAUCCAGGAUAUGUGGAAUCAGUGUGACAUCACAGCCAUCACAAUCUUCAUUUGCGCUCUCUGCUGCAGAAUGUUCCCGUGGUCGUUCAAGUUUGGCCGAGCACUGAUGGCCAUCGAUUUUAUGGUCUUCACUCUGCGUCUGAUCCAUAUCUUCGCCGUCCACAAACAGCUCGGGCCCAAGAUUAUCAUCGUCGGCAAAAUGAUGAAAGACAUUUUCUUCUUCCUCUUUUUCCUGGCCGUGUGGGUCGUCGCCUAUGGAGUAGCCAACCAGGCGCUUCUCUACUCAUACGAUCCUCGUCCCAACUGGGUAUUUCGUCGGGUCUUCUACAGACCAUAUCUGUAUAUUUUCGGACUCAUUGACGUAAAUGAAGUGGAUGCUGAUUUGUUUGGAGAAAACAACUGUACAGACAACAUGACACUAAUCAAAGCGGGGCGGGAGCCUUGUGCGAACACCGAUGCCAACUGGCUGGUUAUUGUCCUCCUGGUCAUCUAUCUGCUUGUUACCAACAUACUGCUCAUCAAUCUCCUCAUUGCCAUGUUCAGUUACACCUUCAUCAUAGUUCAGGAGCGCAGUGACCUCUACUGGAAGUUUCAGCGUUACAACCUGAUCGUGGAAUACCACUCCAGACCUUGCCUGGCGCCGCCAUUCAUCAUCAUUUCACAUCUCAAUCUUUUCAUCAAGAGAUACAUCCGCCGUAUACCUUCGGAAAAGAAAAAACACUUUGUUUUGGAGCUGCAGGACAUCAAGGCCAGCCGACUCAACAUGUGGGAGGCCAUCCAGAAAGAAAACCUACUCUCGGCUCAGAACAAGCGGCAGAGAGAGAGUGACACAGAACGCCUUAAACGUACAUCGACCAAGGUGGACAGUGUGCUGAAGCAGAUGGCAGAGAACCGUGACCAUGACCAACGUUUGCAACUCCUGGAGACAGAGAUGGAGUACUGCUGCAACGCCCUCUCCUGGAUGAUGGACGCUAUGUCUCAGAGUAAUGCCAUUCAAGCCAACCGCCCCCCUCCACUCUUAAGAGAUCUGUCUCCAAGCUGAACUUCCUAAACGGAGACGUGCACGCACACACACACACACACACACACACAUUGUGUACUCGGGGUCAAAUUAUUAUUUGCUUCUUUAUGUAAACUCUUGCUUGGGUUGAUCAUGUUUACAUGAAAUAUUUUCGACAAGGAUAUAUCAUACUUUAGUUUGCUAUGAUGUGUUUAUGUUCAUUGUUUUGGAGGUGACGUGUGGGAUGACAAGCAAAAGCCAUUUUUUCAUGCUUUUAUUUGUUGUUUCCUGUCUGUCUUGUCUUGUCCGUCAGUACACUUUGCAUACGUAUUUCCUGAGGCUGCACAUUUUGUCAGAUUUCCUCUGCUUCGGGUGGUUAGGGUGCACACUGACCAUUUGGCGCCUUUUGAGUGUAGCAUCAGGUACUGACAGUGCACUGCAUUUAGUCCAUAGCUUCUCAAAUAGUGGGGCGGGCCCCUCUCCCGUCAGGGGAGGUGUGAGAGGCAGGGAGGACUUUCAAUAUUAGUGCAGACCUGCCAACAUGGACUGUAUGAAUUUGCCGUACGCAGCAUGCAGUUUGACUCUUAAAUACGCUUGUAUGCUUCACUGCUCUCCAUUUUGUUGCAUUUUGCUGGUUUCAAUUUUCGAGUUCAGUCUGUUCUGUACAGAUACAUUUCUGUCCCCGAGUGGAGGCAUGACGGAAAUAAUUGUGAAUCACUGAUUUAGUUGUAGGCCUCAUCUGUGUGGAGUUUGCAUGUUAGGUUAGGUUAAUUGAAGACUCUAAAUUGUCCAUAGGCAUGAAUGUGAGUGUGAAUGGUUGUUUGUCUAUAUGUGCCCUGCCAUUGGCUGGCGACCAGUCCAGGGUGUACCCCGCCUCUCGCCUGAAGUCAGCUGGCAUAGGCUCCAGCAUACCCCCGUGGCCCUGAAUUUUUUUCCUCAGCUGCCCUUUUUUUCCGCUUUUUAAUCCUGUUUGCUAGUUGUUCCUCGGUGCCUUGUGUUGUCUCGUUUCACAACGUCGCCUUUUGCCUUUUUAUUGCUUCUCUUUUGUUUAUUCAUUCCGCUUCAGCGGGUGUCAUUUCUGCACAAGCUGCCUCAGCCUCUGCAACCCGGGGUCCAAAACCAAACGCCUGUUCUGAUAAUCUGAUGUUCUUGAUGAGAACAUUUCUGAGAAAAUGUGUGGAAAAUAAUUUGAAAUAAACUGUGGAAAAUACCAAGUUUUUUUGUUUUUUUUGGCCCUUGCAUCCUUUCAUUUUUAAAUGGAAAAUGUUUGGAGAUCCCUGAAAUACAAGAAUGAAAUGAAAUAGUAAUAAAAAAAAACAGAACUCCUUACUUUUAGUCUGUGUUUGGCUUGCACACUGGAGGGGGCGUUGUAAGGGAGACGGGCUUAUUGGGAGGAGGAAUUCUCAAUUAAAAAAAGACCGCUAUGCUGCACAGUUAUACUUCCUGAGAAGACUGAGGAAAUUUGGCAUGCCCACCACAAUCCUGAGUUGCUUCUACAGAUGCACUAUCGAAAGUGUCCUUACCGCCUCCAUCACUGUUUGGUACGGUAACUGUACAACACGUGAUAGGAAGGCACUCCAGCGGGUGAUCAAGACCUCACAGAACAUUGUUGGGGCAGCCCUCCCCUCACUGCAAGACAUUUAUAAAUCGAGAGUCCUAUGAAGAACACACAACCUCAUCAAGGACAGCACACAUCCACAACACUCAUUAUUCACACUCCUACCGUCAGGCAGACGCUACAGGAGUUUGAAGUCCAGGACCACAAGGCU